UCCCUAAGUUUGAUACAGCAAGAUUUUUGGAGGGAGCAGUGCGCGAUGGACAGGCGCGUGGACUGGCACGAAGUUGACAUACGGAACCGCAAGAUUUUGCCUUACACCUUGCCCUUACCGAAAAUUCACCUCUAGUUUAUAUAUAUUAGCCUAUUGGAUUUUCUUCUACUUAAAGUAUAAUCUAAGGCUGCUCGAAAGUUGCAAACACCUGAUCGCCGAAAAGCCGCUGAAAAUGUUCGCCACAUACUGCAGAACGCUGAAAACCAAUGCCAACUUCGCUUCGAUUCUGCAAAGACUCGAAUCGACGCUGGUAAUCGCUGAGCACAACAACGAAGUCGUUUCUCCAAUCACCCAAAAUGCUCUGACUGCUGCCAAGAAAUUGGGAGGUGACAUAACGAUCCUGGUAGCUGGAACCAAGGUUGGACCUGUGUCCGAGCAGCUCAGCAAAGCCAAGGAUGUUGCCCGAGUCCUCACCGCUGAAAGCGAUGCGUUCAAGGGCUUCACUCCGGAAUCUUUGACACCACUUAUUGUUGCCGCCCAGAAACAACACAACUUCAGCCAUAUUGUAGCUGGAGCCAGUGCUUUUGGAAAGGCUUUAUUGCCCAGGGUGGCAGCAAACCUUGAUGUUUCUCCUGCCAGUGAUAUCAUUGGAGUCAAAUCUCCUGAUACUUUUGUCAGAACCAUCUAUGCUGGAAACGCGAUCCAAACUGUCAAGAUCAAAGACAGUAUUAAGAUAGUCUCGGUGAGAGGUACAGCUUUCGAGGCUGCAGCUCUAGAUGGAGGCAAUGCCAAGAUUGAACAAGCCCCAGCUGGUGAUUACAAAACGGAUUUGGUUGAGUUCAUUUCACAAGAACUGAGCAAAUCUGACAGGCCUGAGCUUACAGCUGCUAAAGUUGUUGUAUCUGGAGGACGUGGUCUCAAGUCUGGAGAUAACUUUAAGCUUCUCUAUGCGCUUGCUGAUAAACUCAAUGCUGCUGUUGGUGCUUCUCGUGCUGCUGUAGAUGCCGGUUACGUAGCUAAUGAUUUGCAAGUUGGACAAACAGGAAAAAUUGUUGCUCCUGAUCUAUACAUUGCCGUAGGUAUCUCUGGUGCUAUCCAGCAUUUGGCUGGUAUGAAGGAUUCCAAGACCAUUGUUGCCAUUAACAAGGAUCCAGAUGCGCCCAUCUUCCAGGUAUCUGAUUAUGGAUUAGUUCAGGACCUGUUCAAGGCAGUACCAGAAUUGACUGAAAAACUGUGAAUACUUCGCUUUUAUACGAAUAAUAAAAUAUACUAUUUCUUACACUUGUUUAAACUUUCUAAUACAAAUAGCUACUAGUAAAAUUUGUACAUACAUAUAUACAUGUAUAUUUUUUAUAUCGUUGUGAAAAUAAAAAUAUCAUUUUGACUGUUAAA